AUGACAGAGACAUUGAAUGUCAUAGUCAAUAACGGAUCAAGUGUAGGCGCUUAUACACUUGAUCUGAUUGCGCCUCCGAAGUUAACUUCGGAGAUCACUCAGUUGCCAACGCUCGAACAUGAAAGGUUCUUGCGUGAUCUGCGUAGUGGCAAAGUCAAGCAGAUCUGCGUACUCGUCGCUGACGACGAGUGUGUAACCGACAUAAGGUCAGCAACAAUGUUUACUGAGAACGAGAGAGUUCUCAGUAGUUCAUCUAUGGACGAGAGUGUACUCGAUGAAAAGACACGAAUUGAGCGAUAUGACUCCCAGUCGUGGGAAUCGCUCAAGAAAGAUCCUCUCUAUGAGGAUUUGGUUGAAUUCAAGGAUGUAUUCCCUGAAACUGUUCCGUGCGAAUUACCGAAGGAGAAAGGUAUUCGACACGAGGUCGAGCUUAAACCAGGCUCGAAGUACUGUGUCAUGAAGCAGUGGCCACUGCCUCGUGAACAAGUACUUGCGAUCGACAAGUUCUUUGCCGAUCGUUUAGCUGCGGGCCAUGUGAGGGAAUCAACUUCCCCACAUAGCUCUCCGACCUUCUGUGUGCGAAAAGCAACAGGAGGGUGA